GUGCUUGUGCUUGUGCUUAUAGUGCGGCCGUGGCGCGCAGACAACAGCAACAGACAGCGAAAAUUUUCCCCCAGUCAAAGUUGUUGCGAUUUCAGUGGCAUUCAGUUUGGUUCAGUUGAGUUCAGUUUAGUUUUUCCGUAACAAAAUGUGCGAAACGAUUUCAGUCUAAUUCAGACGGUCGUGCUGAGAAGACUUUGUUGUUGAACGUCACUUCAACAUACAGCCAUUAAAUACCCAUACACCGAAGCGCACACGACACACAACACUCACGUUAGACGGCUGACACGAUACCGAAAGCACACAAACGCACACAUACACUUCCGCACACGAACACACACUCACACAUAGGCGCAUAGACGCGCUCGCACACGCACAUGCAUACCGGCUUACGGUAAAAGUGAAAAAUCGUCGUGUGCGGAAAAUUCGCGCGUCGUCGCUGCCGCCACGCUUGCCGCUCGCCAACGCACGGUUGCGGUGGCCAAACGCCGCACUGAGCUACGUCAUCAGCCGCCAAUCAAACAAAGCAAAAAAUGAAAGUUUAAAAACAAAUAUGAACUAUAUAAGGCAAAUGUGUAUACAAGCAGUAAAUAAACCCAAAAACUCAAUUCUAAUGAUUUGCCGACGGUUGUGUAAAACUUUAUUGUAAAUAUGAGUACAUUCUGACAAAUUAAACGCUGAAGAAAGAAUGAAAAUAUCAGUCAGCCAACAACAAGUCAAACCGGCGCUACCGAAACCAAAAUAAACACACAGUGAUCAUAGAUUAACCACCGACCGACUGUAGCUAAAAUGACUUCCAACUCACCGCCACCGCAAGGAGGCGGCCUACGACCGCUGAGCGCCGCCGAUAAUACAACAUCUUCAUCGCCAUUUCGUUCGCUACUCUCAAGUCCAAUGUUAUCACGACAGCGUGCCAAUCUCGCAGCACGCACCUCAUCGACCUCAUCGGUUUCAUCACCCCCGUCUCCACAACCACCACCACCACGACCCGCUUCCGUAUUGCCAAGUUUUCUUGGCAGUCCGCUUACACCGCCGCCACCGCCAGCGCCCACACAUUCGACUACAACCACAACCGGUGUAGAACAAGGUGAUGAGUGUUUAGCCGCGCGCGAACACGAGUCCAAAGCAGGGCGCUGUAGUCCGCUGUUGCGUGAGGAGUCACCAAUACCACCCGCAUGCUCAACAACUGCACACACGCCAACACCUGGUGGUGAUAACAUUGGGGCACGUGUCACAUCACCCAGUGGUACAAGCGCUAUUGGUGCGGCACAAGCCAUCUCGCCGCAUUCGUCAACUGGCUCGACGCCCACGGUGCCGCAACAAUUUUGUCUGCGUUGGAACAAUUACCAAAGCAACCUGACGAGCGUCUUCGAUCAGCUUUUGCAAAGCGAAUCGUUUGUCGAUGUGACUUUGGCCUGCGAUGGACGUUCGAUUAAGGCGCAUAAAAUGAUACUCUCCGCGUGCUCACCCUACUUUCAGAUGUUGUUUUCGGAUACACCUUGCCAGCAUCCCAUUGUAAUCAUGCGCGAUGUCAACUGGUCUGAUUUGAAGGCGAUCGUGGAAUUCAUGUAUCGUGGCGAGAUCAAUGUUAGCCAAGAUCAGAUUGGACCGCUUUUGCGUAUUGCAGAAAUGUUGAAGGUACGUGGACUGGCGGAUGUUAGCGCCGGUAGUGUGUCCGCAGAGGAAGCGGCCGCUGAGCGUUUACUGAAAGAGCUGCAUUCUCCCUCCAAGUCGUGUUCACCAAAGAGAGGUGGAGACGGCGGAUCUCCAGCUUCGAAGCGUGAACGUAAGGAUUAUCAUGAUCCGCUUGCCGAAUCGGAGGAGCCCUUAGCUUUUCUGGACGCUGAGAAGAAAUUGCGCUUAGGUCGCGCUGACUGGGAUUUCAGUACGGCAACAAGUAGCAAUAGCACCAGUGGAGAUAUUCUCGGUGGCAGCAGCAAUCUGGAGUUACGGCUAUCUCCUCUACUGUUGCCACAACAACAGCAGCAGCAAGCCUCGCAACAGCAACUACAGCAACAACAAUCACGUCACGUACGUAAACGACGUUGGCCAUCUGCUGACAUGAUCUUCAAUCCGCCACCAAGUCCCUUAAGUGGUCUCAUUGCUGCCGAACGUGCUGAACGCGAUCGGGAACGAGAACGCGAGCGAGAACGUGAUCGUGAUCGUGAUUGUACAAUAAUAACACCGCCUCAAACCACAUCGGCUGCUGGCACAGCUCCCUGCAGCACAACGCAGUCAAGUGCGCGUUGUACAUCACGUUUAACACCUUCAUUACUCGAGACCGCCGCUCAUUUAGACCUGGCCUCACCAUCUACAACGCCGGCACCAUCUCUCUUGCGUCCCAUGCGUACACCACCUGGUGUCGCCACGCAUCUGUCGCAUCAGCAGUCCCAACAACAUGUGCAUCACCAGCAACAACAACAACAGUCACAUCUUCCCGGACAAGCACAGUCACAACCAUCCCAUCUCCUGCACUCACAUCGCGCAUCGCCGGCCUCAUCAGCGGCGACGCCUACACACCCGUCCAGCUUGAUCAGUGGCCAGCUCACAGCUACACCCGUGGGUAGUAGUGGUGUGAGCGGUCGGUCAGAGCAGGGUGGUGGCGCUAGUGACUCGCGUUUUGCACUGGGCUCUCAAGCGGCUGCGAUGGCGGCCGCUGUAGCGGCACAAAUGGAUUUAGGUGCAAUGGGCAUGCCACACGGUAGUGCCCCACCGCCGACGCAUGCUCCACAUCAUCACACUUCCUCAUUGGCCGAUGAUCUAGAAAUAAAACCUGGAAUUGCGGAAAUGAUACGCGAGGAAGAGCGGGCCAAAAUGCUGGAGAACUCACAUGCUUGGAUGGGCGCUUCAAGCUCUUCAACAAUUGCAGCAGACAGCUAUCAAUAUCAAUUGCAAUCAAUGUGGCAGAAAUGUUGGAACACUAAUCAAAGUCUCAUGCAUCACCUGCGCUUCCGCGAACGUGGCCCACUGAAAUCGUGGCGCCCCGAAACAAUGGCCGAGGCUAUAUUUAGCGUGCUCAAGGAGGGACUCUCACUAUCGCAGGCGGCACGCAAAUACGACAUACCCUAUCCGACAUUCGUAUUGUAUGCGAAUCGUGUGCAUAACAUGCUCGGCCCUUCCAUUGAUGGUGGACCUGAUUUGCGGCCAAAGGGUCGUGGCCGUCCGCAGCGCAUAUUGCUUGGCAUUUGGCCGGAUGAACACAUUAAGGGUGUCAUUAAGACAGUUGUCUUCCGCGACGCAAAAGAUCUCAAGGAUGAUAGCAUAGUGCCACAUUUACCCUAUGGUCGGCACUCGGAUGGUCCGCUUAACUAUCCUGGUAUGAGUGGUCCCUGUCCGAAUGGUGUGCCCACACCCACCGGUGAUCAGAUGUCGCAGGAAGCUACCGCUGCCGCUGUAGCUGCGGUGGCGCACAAUAUACGCCAGCAAAUGCAAUUGGCUGCAGCCGUACAACAUCAACAUCCGUCGGAGGGUCCACCGGGUCCUGGUCUAUUUAAUAUACCUCCGCAUUUGCAACCACAUUUAGCCGCCGCAGCAUCGGCUGGAUCUGGUGGCGCUGCGCCUGGUGUACAUGGCUCGGUACCGCUACCAAAGACGAGCAUAUCUCCUGCGUUGAGUACCACAUCGAAUCCCAGCGGGGGCACAAUGCUCGGACCGCGGCAUGCACCAUCGCCCUGCGGUCCAGGCUUACCGGGACUGCCGCCGAACUUACCGCCCAGCAUGGCGAUGGCGCUGCAUAUGGGUCGUUGCGAUCCAACCGGUGUACUCAGCCAGCAGCAACAACAUCAGUUGCAGCACCUACAUAUGCAACAGCAGCAAGCAUUACAGCAGCAACAACAACAACAGCAGCAGCAUCAUCAGCAACAACACCAGCAGCAACAACAUGGCUUCGGUUACGGUGUUAGUUCCAUGCCUCAUCAUGGCGCAACCUCAGCAUCAGCAACAGCUACAUCAUCUUCCAAUCAACAUUACCAACAACACCAACUUCAACACCAACAUCCACAGCAACAGCCACAAGCUCAACAACAACAGUUGCAUCAACAUCAGCAACACCACCAAUCACCCAGCGUUGGCGCCACAGCGACAAAAACGAAAUGUCCCUCCCCCACAUCGUUGCUCGAACAUCGUCGCAGCAGUCCAAGCGGCGAUGCACACCUACAUUCUACACUCACCGAAUUAGGCUUGGAUAUGGGCUAUAAGACAACGCGUAGCAGCGCUUAUUCACCAACUCGUCUCUUUUCCGAAGACUUAGCAGCUUUGGUGGGCGCUAGUGAAGACUCGCCGCCGGGCACAACGGCGUCCUCUACAAAUGUUAGCAGUACCAGCACGGUGACGACGCCGGCCAUGUCUGGCAGUCACGCGGAUGUUAGCAUUACCUCGAGUGCAACGAGCGGUAAUAUAAGUUCCAGUAAUAUAAAAAUCGAACCCAUCACGACAAGUAGCGAAUAAACAAAAUACUUUUCUAGUUAAGAUGCCUUUAAGUUCAUUCGAUUUAAUUUAUUUGUACAAGCAGUUUGGAGACAAAUAUUUCGGGGAAAAAAUUUAAUUUCGGUGAAAUUUAUUUAAAAAGAUUGAUUUCCUUUUAAAGUUAAAGACCUCUUUAAGAUAAAUCUUUGUAUUGCUCUUAAAUACUAAACACAUUUUUAAAUUUUCCGAACUCUGGGUUUUCUUCAGAUUUCUAUGUACGGUGGAUGGGAACAACAGGGGUCUAGUUCGAUAAUUUUGGCCAGUUUUCCAAAAUCAGCUGACACACCCGCUUGCAUUCCCAGACAAAACAAAACUAAAAAGGCAAAAUUCUAAUUUUCUGAUCAGUAUUGGUCUAGCUGAAUAAACUACACAAACUUACUUCCGAUACUGAUAGAUCAGAGGUUAAGCGCUUAUCAGACUGACAUCGUAUAAUAAACUGUGGAAAUGCUAAAGAAUUAAGCCAAAGUUUUUAAUGACGAGAUCAAUUUUUGUUUUUGCAAUAUUGUCAAGUAUUUCCCAAAACAGUUAUAUCGGAAACUCUAUGUUUGCUUUCUCAGGAGAUGCUUUUUCUAACCAAUUUUUCUUAUAUAAAAUAAUAAAAAAACUCGUUUUUGGCUCGUCUUUAAUGCCUCAGCUUGCUAGCCCAACUAAACUUAUACUUGUAAUUCUCAACCAUUCAUGGAACUAAUUUAUUUGAGUUCUGCCUCUAAGCAGGUUGGAAAUGUUCCGACUGUCGUUCCAUACUUUCCAUGCAUAAAACCAAAAAUGUUUGCCUCCAAAACUUCAAAACACUUUAUAAAUGCAUUUCUAUUUACUAAAUAAAUGUAAUUCUUUGAAAAAAUACUCAUCAGAGGUACUAAGGAGCAAAUACCAACUUAUCACCGUUAAGAAAUAUAGAAAUUGGGUUCAAAUCUAAAUUUUAGAAUAUUUUAUUUUACACUAAAUUGUGAAAGUAGCGAUACAAACCCGUUUGAAAUAUUUGUGAAACUUAUUAAUUUAAUUAAAAUAGGUAUAUAUAUUUAUAUACUUCAUAAGAAUAUGCUUCCUAAGUAAAAAACAACAGUAAUAAUAAAUAAAUAUGUCACAUUCAAAAUGUAAAAAUAAAACAAAAACAAUAGAUAUAUAUGUAUUGCAUUAGUUUUGGGUGUAAAAUGUACCUACACGCAAUAGGGGUAUUCGAGCAACGAUUUACAAAAUGUUUAUUUCGAAAAUCAUGAAAAGUAUGAAAAAUGUAGACCAACAUUAUUCUAUGCUAUAAAUAUUUUAACUUAAAUUUGCAAUAUCACAAGAUUAUUUUCAGUUUUUUUUUUUUAUUCAGCGCCUUGUUCAGCUAUAGUUUCUGAGGCAUAAUAAGUGCUGAAAGCAAAAUGACAGAAAAGAAAAAAAGUAUAGAACUGGUGAACAAUUAUUCAUGCGAAACUUUACACCAGGUUCUUCAGUUUUUUUUUUAGUUUUUAGAUCCUUAUUCAGCUAUCAUUCUUUUAAGCUGAAUUCGAGUGGAAAGCCAAGAGCACUACAAAGCCUAGUAUGGAGAUGCAUUCUAGCCUUAAAGUUAAAAAAUUACUAAUCUAGAGAAAUUAUUUCAAUAAUUAUUAGCUCAUUAUUCUUUUCGUUUUCUUAAGCUAAAAUUAGUUGUUUUGUUUGAAGUUUUGAUAGCCAGACAGAUUCAAAAAUUUUAGAGUUCAACGCCAUAUUAAGUUUCUUAGAAUUUUUAAGCUAUUAUUCUUUUAAGCUGCAUUUGGAUUGAAAGCCUGCAGAAGCUUAGAGUGCAUAAAUUUUAAGCUUAAAAAUGCUAAUCUAGACAAAUUUUUUGAAAACUUUCAUUGAAAGCGCGUUAUUCAGCUAUCUUUAUUUUUAGCUUUAGUUUUGAUAGCCAAAAAGAGCGGAAAACCUUAGAGUUCAAUGUCAUAUUGAGUUUUAUAAACAUUUCAGCUUUCAGCACUUAUUCAGCUAGUGAAAGUGAUAGCUGAAUAAAAAGCGGGAAACCGAAGUGCGUGAAAUUCAGAUUCGGAGUUACAUUUAAACUUUCCAGAAUAAAUAAUUUUUGGCUUUCAGCACUUGGUCAGCUAGAAAAAAAUUAUAGCUGAAUAAAGAACAGAAAUCCAAUUUACGUGAAAUGCGUCUUCAGAGUUACAUACAAUCUUUCAGCAUAAAUAAUUUGUGUAGCUUAUGAAAAUUAUUGAAAAUGUUUAAUUUUUGCAUAAACAAUAUAUGUGUAACUUUUGAUUUCGUAACACAAUUCGUUUGUACGAACACCCCUAAUGUUUAAAUUAUAUUGUUUUUUAAAAUAUCAGAAGUAACUAUGUAGCAUAUUUCACUCACUACAAUGCAGAGAUCUCUUAAAUAUUAAGUCAUUUGUUCUUUCAUAUUAAAAUACAAUAUGUAUGUGUUUCACUGUACAGUAUUCCCACAUUAAGUACAUUCCAACCAAGCAUGCGGUUUGACAAAAACACACACAUAAAGCACUAACAAAAUAUGAAAGUAAAAUAAAUAUUUCUAAAAAAAAAUAUUAUGAAGUAUUUUGAAAAGUGUGCCCGAUUCAGUUAAAUGAAAUUUUUUUUUUUGAAGAAAAAUAAUUUUCAUUUACAUAUUUAUACAAAAAUGUACAAAAUUAAUAUAAAAUUUGGAGAAACAAAAUUCUUAAAGGUGGAUAUUCUUUAAAUUGAAACUAUUUUCGGUAACAAACAAAAAAUUGCAAAUAAAUAUUAAAUUAAAUGUUUAGGACCUUUUAACGAAAAACGAAAAAAAAAACUAAAAUUAUAGAGAACAAAAUUGCAACAAAUGCCUUUCGGAAUGAAAUUCAAAAAUAUAAAAAUGGAAACAAAAACGGUUAAAAUUAAAAGCAAGUAAUGUAAAUCAAUUAUUAUUGUAUUAUUGAAAAUGAUGACAAAGCGUGUAUGACAAAAAUUUACUAUUUAUACACUUGUGGAAUUUUAGGAAAAUUUAGGAACAACAAAAGAAACAAAAACAAACAAAAUUAACAAAAUUAAAAACAACAAAAUUUAUAUUGAAAUGCAAAAUUUUAGACUGAUUUUUAUGCAAACUGUGCAAAUCCGUGAAAUGUGGCAAAUUGGUUUGAGGUUAUGAAAUUAGAGAAAUGUUUUUUUAGAAAAUUUAGUUAUUUAUUUAUUUAUAUAGUAUUUUUUUAAUUUCUUUUUUUUACUUAUUUAUAUAUUUAUAUAUUUAUUAUUUUUUUUACGUUUUUCAAUUUAAUAUCUGAAAUUUUAUAAAAAAAAAAUAUUAAACAUCAAACAAAUUGUCAAACUAAAUUUUAUUUAAUUUUGGUUUUUGUUUUGUAUCCCAAAUAUAAUUUUAUUUACACAAAUUAUAUUUUUUUAAUUAUUUCAUUUCUUUAUAAUUCAAAACCAUGAACACAGUAUAUUAAUUUUGUUACAAAGCUUGUAACACCCCAAAGCAAACGUCGAGGACUCUAUAAAAUUAUACCUUAUACAUAUGUAAAUGAUCAGCAUGAUGAGCUGCGCCGAUAUUGCCAUGUUUGUCUGUCUGUACAUACGCGAACUAGUCCCCUAGUUUUUGCGAUAUCGAUCUGAAAUUUUUCACACGUCCUUUUCUACCCAAGAAGCUGGCGAAAUCCCCAAUUUCGGGUCAUUAUAGCAUAUGGCUGCCAUACAAACUGAACAAUCAAAUACAUGUCCUUGUAUGGAAAACUUUUAUAUUUGACAAGAUAUCUUCACGAAGUUUGACAUGCCAAUUGUUAAAAUCGAAUUACUAUAGCAUAUAGCUGCAUAUACUUGUAGCUAUAUAUACAAUCUAAUCGAUUAAAAUCAAGAUGCAGAUCUUUUUAUACCCUUUGCGCUAUGUGUAAUGCACCUAUAAUGGGUGUUAUAUUAUUUUUUACUAUUUAUUUAUUCUUUUUUUUCAUAUAUUACUUUAAUAUCUCUAAUUUUAUUUAAAAAAAAUUUUUUUAUUGCAAAAAUAUAACAUUUUAUAAACAAAAUAUAAUUUAAAUUACAAAUUUAAUAUAAUUAUUUACACAAUUUUUCAAUUUAUUUAAGACAACCCACAAGAUACAUAUUUAUAUAUUUACAAAUAUUUUUCCAUUUCGAACUUAUUUUAUUUCCAAAAUUUUUAUAAAGUGCCUUCUUCCAAUAAAUAUUUCUUUUCAUUCUACAAAUGCUUUUGUUAAAAUUUUCAAUAUUUUCCAGCCAAAAAUUUGCUAAUUUCACGCACAGCUACAAAAUGUAUUGCAUAUAAGAAAAAUUGUGAAAAUAAUAAAUUUUUAUAUGUUUAUAAAAAACAUUUCGGAUAGAUGAACUUAAAAAGUAUAAACAGUUAACAAAUUGAUUUAGUACCUAAUAUUUUGAUGAAGAAAAUGUUUCGGCCCAAACAAAAUCGAAUUUUAGGCAAAUAAUUAAAUUUAAUUUAUUUCGCAUUUUUUUUUGUUUUUUUUUGUUUUGUAAAAGCACACCAAAAGCAUAAGUAAGAGAUAAAUGUCAAAUAAAGGGAGAAAAACUUCAUAAACCAAACACACAAAUCAAAUCAAAAUAUAAACUUUAAAUAAAAAAUAAUAAUAACUCAGAUAAGUUUGAUGUUUUUCAAGCAAAUGAAAACAGUUGAAAGUCCUUUAGCUUAAUUAUGUACUGAAAUACAACACUUGAUUGCAGCUUUGUGCUUAGCGAUCACUAACUGAAAUCAUAAUUUAGUAAAAUAGAAAAAAAAAACAACAGAAAUAGAACAAACGAAACUUUAAAUAAAUUUUAUUACCGAAAGUAAGCAAAAAAACGCAAAACAUAAGCAUAAUCAACAAUAGACACAUUUAAAAAAUAACUUAAAACAGCAUAAGACAUAACCUAAUAAGCAUAAGUCCUCCAACAACCAACACACCGACAUUAUAUUUAGUAAACCUCUGGUCUACCACAAGCUUAAGGAAAUUAAGCAAAUGCUUAAGUUGCAACUAAAAAUAAUAAACUAACUUAACGGUACUUCACAUUGGUCUAACCUAAUACUAAACUUCAUUGCUGAGCCAUAAAAAAUUAUAGCAAAUAUGUUACCGCACACACACUCAACUCCCCCAUGUGAUUACGAACUUCAAAUCAUAGCAAAGACACGAUUAAUAAAAGUUUUAAAAACAAUUAAAAAUCACAAUAUCCGUCAAAUGGUAGCCCAAGUACUGCAAAAUGUAAUGUAAAAUGUGUAACAUGUUCCAUGAUUUUAAACGGUAUCGAAGAACACACACACACACACCACAAUUUUUCUUGCCGUAUAUAAAGUAUUAACUGUACUUAUAUGUAUGUAUGUAUGUGUAAGCAAAACUCAAAACUCAAACCAAAAAUGUAGCGUUUACUCCAGAAAAUAUAAAGCCGCAAUGUGCUUAUAGUUUAUAUAAUUUUUCCCGAUUACCCACUAAACACAGCUGUGUAGCAAUGGAAGAUUCAUAUAUGUAUGAAUGGGCUUCUAUGUAAAUGGGCAACAGAAGUGGUAUGCAAAGGAAGAAUUAGUUUAAUAUUCUUGUGUUAUAAACUCUCUAAGUAAAUUAUGUACGAUCGAAGAGCGAUUAAAUGAUGGUAUUAUAAUUAUAACUGUAAUUGAAGCUAAGUAACGUAAUAACUUUAUUUUAUUCAGUAAAAUAUACAAAGAGAUGGAAAAUGA